AUGGAAUUGCUACUCCAAUGGCAAGCUCUAACUGGGCUUUUCACCUUUCUUCUUCUCUACAAACUAUGUUUAUCACGGGCUAAGGUUAAGAAGAUUAAUCUCAACGAGGCACCUGAGCCUUCCGGUGCAUGGCCCAUCAUCGGUCACCUCCACCUAGUAGGUGGGCGUGAACCUGUCGCUAGGACUCUAGCAGCCAUGGCCGAUAAGUAUGGCCCAACAAUCAUGCUUAGGCUUGGUAAGAACCGCACGCUCCUCGUGAGUAGUUGGGAAGUGGUAAAGGAGUGUUUCACCACCAACGACAAGGUUCUCGCUACACGUCCGGCUAGCGCUGCAGCGAAGCAUUUUGGCUAUGACUAUGCCAUGGUCGGCUUCGCCCCUUACGGACCAUACUGGCGUGAGAUUCGUAAGAUCACCACACUAGAGAUCCUCUCAAACCGACAGCUUGAAUUGCUCAAGCACAUCCGGGCCACGGAGAUUGACACAUGCGUAAAAGCGAUAUAUAAGCUAUGGGUGAAGAACCGGAAGGAAGCCGUUAUGGUUGAGAUGAAGCGAUGGUUCGGGGACCUCACUUUCAACGUGUCUGUUAUGAUGGUUGCUAGGAAACGUUUUUUCGGUACUAAUAUUGCUGGUGAUGAAGAUGAGGCGAGGCAGUUCCGUCGUGCAAUAUCCGAAUUUUUUCGUCUGACUGGGGUGUUUGUAGCGUCUGAUGCACUUCCUUUCCUUAAGUGGAUGGAUUUGGGAGGGCAUGAGCGGGCCAUGAAGCGGACAGCUGAGGAGUUGGACGUUCUCAUGACUGGCUGGUUGGAGGAGCAUCGACGGAGGAGAUCGUUGGGUGAGGCAGCCAGGAAGGACUUUAUGGAUGUGUUGCUUUCGAUCAUGGAGGAUGCUAACAUCUCUAGCUAUGACCCAGAUACGAUCAUCAAGGCCACUUCACUGGCUAUUAUUCUUGGUGGGACAGACACUACUGCAGUAACACUCACGUGGGCCCUCUCCUUACUAAUGAACAACCGCCACGUAUUAAAGAAGGCUCAAGCUGAGCUGGACCUCCAUGUCGGCAAGGACAGACAUGCAGAGGAACCAGAUAUCAAGAACCUGGUGUACCUCCAAGCCAUCGCCAAGGAGACUAUGCGCCUGUACCCAGCGACCCCAUUAUCGGUGCCCCACGAGACCACAGAGGACUGCCACAUAGGAGGCUUCUAUGUCCCUGUAGGCACGCGGCUAUUAACCAAUAUCUGGAAGCUCCAUCGCGAUCCACGUGUAUGGUCGGACCCAUUGGAGUUCCAGCCAGAACGGUUCCUCACUAGCCACGCGGACAUAGAUGUUAGGGGCCAGCAUUUCAAGUAUAUCCCCUUCGGAUCAGGUCGGCGAGCAUGCCCAGGCAUCUCGUUUGCUCUCCAAGUCUUACACUUGACACUGGCCCGCCUCAUCCAUGGCUUCGAUCUGGCAACUCCCAUGGAUCAGCCAGUGGACAUGACCGAGAGCAUUGGUCUAACCAUGCCCAAAGAGAAUCUAUUGGAAGUUCUCAUCAGCCCACGCCUUUCCUCUAAGCUUUUUGAGUAGGAUGGUGAG